UUGCUGUUUUUGUUUCCGACCGAUCAGUGCAUUUUCUUAACUUUUUCAAAUUAGCAUGUUUCUUUAAAAAAUCAGCUUUUGAAUCUUCAGUGUUAAGAUGUUUUCUGUUGUUUCUGAAUUUAAUAUCGCUAUUUCUUCUACACGUUUCAGUAUUUAGAUCUUGUUUUGAGAAAAUGACCACAGUUUAGUAGAAAGUUCAACACGUAGUCCCAUUUCUCUUUUGUUUGUUGCUCUGUCCAAGGUGCUGAAGUGCUCAUUUAUUUCACGGUAUGCAUGUUUUCGUUUUCCAGUCGUGGCGAACCCUCGACAUGCUUAUAAAGUCUAUGCAUUUGGUGCCAACGUUUCUCAUUUUUAUCUUCUCAUAGUACUGAAUUUCUCAAGAUACUCCUUAUGUUUUCACAUUUGGUAAUUUAUUUGUGUAGUUCAGUAUAUUGGACUCAGAGUGCCGCUGUUGGUCAACGUGUUGCAGAGAUUGACAGCAGAAACACCCACUUUAUUUCAAUGCGUUAGGAGGAGAAAGAGACAUUAGCAGAGAGCAUAGAGCAGAAGGUCGACAUCAGCUCUUCAAAUAUAUAUCAUUAUUGUUCUUUAUGCUGGAAAAUAUAAAGGUAUUUUGUCAUGUAAUUUUUUUUUUGUUUUUUGGAAGAGUAUCGUACGUCCUCAUUACUGAUUGGAUUAUACUGUUUUUUUGUUGUUGUUGUUUUUUCGUGUCGCAGAGGAAAAUGUCGGACAGAACAAUGGCGCGGCAAGUACUGCUGUUUAUUUGUCUCGUCUCUCUCAGUUCAGUGCGCGGACAGGUCAGUUACUCCAUUCCCGAGGAAAUGCCCAAAGGAUCUUUAGUCGGUAACAUAGCGCAGGAUUUAGGUUUAGAUUUAAAGAGACUGAAAUCAGGAAAAGCUCGUAUUUAUACUGGAGACAGCGCUGAAUACAUCGAGCUGAAUAAAGAGAGGGGAGUCCUCCUUAUCAAAGAGAGAAUAGACCGAGAAGCGCUGUGCGCACAGACAACGCCUUGUGCUCUACAUUUUCAGAUCAUUUUAGAGAAUCCAAUGGAGUUUUAUAGUGUCACUGUCGAGAUUAUGGAUGUAAACGACAACUCUCCUUCGUUCAAAAGGGCUGAAAUGCAAUUCAGAAUUAGUGAGUCAGCUGUACCGGGAGCGAAAUUUGUUUUAGAAAGAGCCGUGGACCCGGAUGUUGGCGUUAAUGGUCUUCAGAGUUAUUCUCUGAACCCUACGGAUAAUUUUUCACUAAAAGUGCAAAAUCAGCCAGAUGGUAAUAAAAUGGUUGAAAUGAUUCUUCAAAAGCCCCUUGAUCGUGAAAAGCAGGAGCAGUUGUCCCUCGUACUAAUAGCAGUAGACGGAGGCGAUCCGCGUCUAUCUGGCACUGCGCAGAUAAAUAUCAUUGUUUUAGAUGCUAAUGAUAAUUCACCUGUUUUCACACAAGAAGUAUAUAAAACCACUAUUACAGAGAAUUCACCAAAAGGCACCGUUGUUACAACAGUAAGUGCGACGGAUGCUGACAAAGGUUCUAAUAGUGAAAUAAUAUAUUCAAUUACAAGCACUGACGACACUAUGCCUGAAUUGUUUGAAAUAAAUGAGUUAACCGGUGAGGUUAAAGUUGCUGGAAAUCUAGAUUAUGAAAAGGCUCAUCACUAUCAAGUUCACAUACAGGCAACUGAUGAUGGAGGUUUAACUGAUUCGUGUAAAAUCGUUGUAGAUUUAAUUGAUGUAAAUGAUAACACGCCAGUUAUAAAUAUAAUGAGUAAACUUAAUAUCAUAUCUGAAGACUCAAAGUUAGACACUGUUGUAACAAUGAUAAACGUUCAAGAUCCAGACUCUGGUGAAAAUGGUAAAGUCCAUUGUUCGUUAAACACAAAUGUUCCAUUCACGCUGAAAUCGACCACAAAUAAUUUCUUCAGUUUAGUCACAGAUAACAAUUUAGACCGAGAGAGAGAGUCUGGAUAUAAUAUCAGUGUGAUCUGCGCUGAUGAGGGGUCUCCAUCUCUCUCCAGCAGCGUCACUCUCUCCUUACAGAUAUCAGAUGUGAAUGAUAACGCUCCUGUGUUUGAGAGGAGCUCAUAUGAGGCCUCCAUUCCAGAAAAUAACACACCAGGUCUCUCCAUAUUCACAGUCAGAGCCAAAGACGCAGACUGGAACCAGAAUGCUCGAGUCUCCUACAUACUGGAGGACUCGUCGGUUAACGGAGUGCCCAUCUCCUCUUACGUAUCUGUCAGUGCUGAUAGCGGCGUUAUCCAUGCAGUGCGCUCUUUUGACUACGAGCAGAUCAAAGAUUUCCAGUUCCGCGUAAUAGCGCAAGAUGGAGGCUCCCCUCCUCUCAGUAGCAACGUGAGUGUAAAGAUCAUCAUUCAGGACCAGAACGACAACGCGCCUCAGGUUCUGUACCCAGUCCAGACUGGAGGCUCUGUGGUGGCUGAAAUGGUGCCUCGCUCAGCAGAUGUGGGCUAUCUUGUGACUAAAGUGGUGGCUGUUGAUGUGGACUCUGGACAGAAUGCCUGGCUCUCAUAUAAACUGCAGAAAGCCACAGACAGGGCGCUGUUUGAAGUGGGCGCACAGAAUGGAGAAAUAAGAACUGUGCGCCAAGUGACCGAUAAAGAUGCUGUGAAGCAGAAGCUCACUGUUGUAGUGGAGGACAACGGGCAGCCCUCUCGUUCAGCUACGGUCAAUAUUAACGUGGCGGUGGCGGACAGUUUCCCUGAAGUGCUCUCGGAGUUCACUGACUUUACGCACGACAAGGAUUACAACGACAACCUGACUUUCUAUCUAGUCUUGGCCUUGGCUGUAGUUUCAUUUCUCUUUAUCGUCUCCAUCAUAGCCAUACUGUCAGUCAAAUGCUACAGAUGGAGACGAGAGCGGAUGUUUUAUAAAUCAGGUGCCAAUCUGCCAGUUAUUCCAUAUUACCCACCCCUUUACGCAGACGUAGGAGGGACGGGGACUUUACAGCAUGUGUAUAAUUAUGAGGUCUGCAGAACGACUGACUCCAGAAAGAGUGAUCUAAAGCACAUCAGACCAACUCAUAGCAUUAUUAGUCUUGAUACCAGUGGAACACAGACUCUCACACAUGCGCAGAGGGAGAAACUGAUACACGACGAUUUUAAUGAUCAGGUGAGACUUUGUAUUAUUAUUAUUAUUAUUAUUAUUAUUAUUAUUAUUAUUAUUAUAUUGGUUGGGUGCUGAGUUUAAGAUUUGAGAGUCGCUGAAUGUGCAUACCAGACGCUAUAUGUCUCUGUCCGUGGUGCUGAAAUUUCAACUCAGGUCUUCGUUCUAAGAGCAGUUUUCUCAUGUACUGUAUUCUGAACCAUGUUGUGUAUCAUAUGUAACAACGGCAAUAAUGGCGCAUUAAACAAUAUAUUUUCUAUCAACAUAAUUAGUGCUAAAAUGACGUAAACUAGAAGACAGAUUUGAUGUCAUAAAUAUAUUACUUUGUUAGUUAUGCACACAUUUGUACCGCUUACAUUCAGUGCUAUUUUCUAUAUGACAGUUCAGUUGUUUGGUGCGUAAACAUUCAUUAUCUUACACGUUAAAAUGA